GCGGGCGGCGAGCGGCUGUGAGGAGAGGCCGGUGCUUGCCGGUGGCGGUGACGGCAGAGGGCGGCCAUGGCACAGGCGGAGGCCGGCCGCGAUGACCCUCGCUGCGUGCGACUGAACGCCGAGCGGGCCCAAGCGCUGCUGGCCGACGUGGACACGCUGCUGUUCGACUGCGACGGCGUGCUGUGGCGAGGUGAGACGGCCGUGCCUGGCGCGCCUGAGGCCCUAACGGCGCUACGGGCCUGUGGCAAGCGCCUCGGCUUCAUCACCAACAACAGCAGCAAGACCCGUGAGGCCUACGCCGAGAAGCUGCGGCGCCUGGGCUUCGGUGGCCCCGCGGGACCCGGCGCCAACCUCGAGGUCUUUGGCACGGCCUACUGUACCGCGCUCUACCUGCGCCAGCGCCUGACCGGUUCUCCGGCACCCAAGGCCUACGUGCUGGGCAGCGCGGCCCUGGCCGCGGAGCUGGAAGCCGUGGGCGUCGCCUGCGUGGGCGUGGGGCCGGAUCCCCUGGAGGGAGACGGCCCUGGCGCCUGGCUGGACGCGCCACUCGAGCCCGACGUGCGUGCUGUGGUGGUGGGCUUCGACCCGCACUUCAGCUACAUGAAGCUCACCAAAGCCGUGCGCUACCUGCAGCAGCCUAACUGUCUACUAGUGGGCACCAACAUGGACAACCGGCUCCCGCUCGAGAACGGCCGCUUCAUCGCGGGUACAGGUUGUCUGGUCCGAGCCGUGGAGAUGGCCGCCCAGCGCCAGGCCGACAUCAUAGGGAAGCCCAGCCGCUUCAUCUUCGACUGCGUGUCCCAGGAGUAUGGCAUCAACCCGGAGCGCACCGUCAUGGUGGGAGAUCGCCUGGACACAGACAUCCUCCUGGGUGUCACCUGUGGCCUGAAGACUAUCCUGACCCUCACUGGAGUGUCCACUCUGGGAGAUGUGAAGAGUAAUCAGGAAAGUGACUGCAUGUCUAAGAGGAAAAUGGUCCCUGACUUCUAUGUUGACAGCAUAGCCGAUCUUUUGCCCGCCCUUCAAGGUUAAAGAUUUAGCGUCUUUAAGCUACAGAAUAAAAAAAAAAAAAAAAAAAAAAUGAAAA